AUGUUCACGAUUCUUAUUGGAUUGUGUGUCCUUAUUAUUAUUGGAUAUAUUCUCAGCAAACGCGAACUACCGGGAAUUCCUCCUGGUCCAAAUUUCAAACCGUUCCUAGGAAAUUUUCUCGAUUCAAACUGGACAUAUCACAAAAGGAGACAUAUUUACUUUGAGGAACUUAGAAAACAAUACGGACCUGUGUAUAGGAUAUAUUUUGGGCGUCAACUUCUUAUUGUGCUUAGUGACAUGGAAUCGAUAAAUGAAGCUUUGGUGAAACAAAAAGAACUCUUCAGUGACAGACCGACUGAUAAACUAUGGGACACAAACGAAGCGGCUAAAGAAGGGACGGGCAUAGUUUGGUCUAAUGGUCAAAAUUGGCAAAAUGUGCGGCGAAUGGCAUUGCAAGCUUUGAGGGAUCUCGGAGUGGGAAAAGCUACUAUUGAAGAAAGAAUUUUAGAUGAGACAGAAUAUAUUUUAAAAGAGUUUGCCAAGAGCGAAAAUCAACCUCUUCGACUUAAUGAGAUUAUGAUGAAAGGCACGAGUAAUAUCAUUAGUAGCGUUGUCUUCGGUUCCAGAUUUGAAAAUGAUGAUCCAGAAUUCACCAAAAUAGUAUCCUUCAUGAAGAUCGCAUUCGAUGGGGAUGGACCAUAUACACCACUGAAUGUUAUAUCUCAGCUGCGUUUUUUGCCUUUUGUGGCAUCAAAAUUAAAUGAAAUUGUAACAGUUAUUGGGGAAAUAAAAGCGUAUAUUACGAAUACGAUUACAGAACAUAAAGAAACUUUAUCGAAAGAGAACCCAAGAGACUUUAUAGAUGUUGGUCUGACCAGCAUGGAUGAGUCCAAAACGUUGACCAAAGGUGUUUUUAUGGCGACAAUACUGGAUUUAUUCCUGGCUGGUUCAGACACAACUGCCAACACUCUGGAUUGGGCUUUUCUUUAUCUGAUUCUACAUCCAGAAAUUCAAAGGAAAUGCCAACAAGAAAUUGAUGAAAUCGUUGGUUCGGGAAGAACGGUCAAAUGGGCCGAUAGACAUAAGAUGGUGUAUACGGAGGCGACUUUACUAGAGGUUCAGCGAAUUUCAACUAUAGCCAAUACCACACUCCCUCAUACCACAACAAAAGAUUCCAAAAUCCAAGGAUAUCAUAUACCAAAAGGAUGUUUAGUAGUUGCUGAUAUAAGGGCUGUACAUUUGGAUGAAAAGCUGUGGGAAAAUCCAAAACAAUUUAAUCCGGAAAGAUUCCUCGAUGAAGAUGGGAAAAUUGUCAAAAGCAAUAACCUGAUCCCGUUUUCUGUUGGUCCACGUGCCUGUCCCGGUGCUUCACUUGCCAGAAUGGAAUUGUUUCUAAUCUUUACUAACAUUCUACAGAGAUAUACGUUGUCACGUAUUGACGAAUCUGAGAUGGAGUUAGAGGGAGUUUUGGGAAUAACCCUGUCACCAAAACCUUAUCAUUUAUUAGCCAAAUCUAGAUCGUCAUAA